UGACAAUACCAACUUUGGAACAUUCGAUAUCAAGUUAAUUGAUUUCAUUUACACUACACUGUCUACAAUGUCGCCGGCUCGUCGCGCCCUUAUUGCUAUCACCUCCGCUCACGCCCCCCUCUAUCCGGAAGGCAAGGAGACUGGCCUCUUUAUUACUGAAGCCCUGCAUCCCUUCGAGGUCUUCCGUAAAGCCGGUUUCGAGGUUGACCUGGUUUCCGAAACAGGAACCUACCAGCCUGAUUGGCUCUCACAGCAGAAGGAUUGGCUAAACGAUAAAGACCGCGCCGUGUGGGAGGACCACUCGAGUGAAUUCCGCUCCAAGCUUGACAACCUGCUCAAGCCGAGCGAUAUUGAUCCAGAAAAGUAUGGACUCUUCUUUGCUUCGGCUGGACAUGCGUCUUUGAUCGACUACCCGGACGCCAAGGGUCUACAAGCGAUCGCUUCCAAAAUCUUUACCUCGGGCGGUAUUGUCUCAGCAGUCUGCCACGGUGGCGCCAUCUUCCCCGGCGUUAUAGAUCCUAGUACCAACAAGUCUAUCAUCGAUUCUCGCAGAGUGACGGGCUUUACCACUCGCGGCGAAGAAGAGGAAAACGUACUCGACACCAUCAAGAGCUGGAACAGGCCGACUAUUGAGGCUUCCGCAGCCAGUUGUGGGGCCACUUAUGUCUCUCCCCCGGGACCAUGGGACGCAUUUACCAUUACAGAUGGACGCGUCGUGACAGGUGCCAACCCUGCUAGUGCCCAUGUCACUGCCGAAGCCGCCGUGACCGCCUUCGACAAGCUCUAAACAAGGAGCAUCCAACAAGAAAAGAAUCAUCAAUGCGCUGGACCAGAGGCGAACGCUAUCAUAAAUUGACAUUCGAAGGGUCGUAGUCUUAAAAUCUAUGUAUUUAAGUAGUCGAG